AUGGCAGUACUCAUGAGAUCGCGAGCUCAAGAAACUGAUGACGAUGAGGUUGCACCCAUGGGACCGCUAGAGUUUCAGGCUGAACGCUGGAGACGGAUUAAGCUUCACCAAGAGGAAGACGAGUAUCUAGCGGAGAUAAGGGCGUUCCUGAAUGACGACCUGGAUAGGUUCUCAUCCACGCGGUUGAAGAAGAUCAGCAAGGUCGCAGAUCUGUUCGUUCUGGAUGACCGCGGAGUGUUGUACAGACUUCCACACUCUGUUCGUGGAAGACCACGAGACGCCGUGGAUAAUCUGAGUCCCGAGUUCACUCCCAUGUUGCAUCACGCGCAUGAAGACUUCCAAGGUGGACACCAAGGGAUCACUCUGACUCACGAGAAGUUACGUACCGAGUUCGACUGGCCCGGCAUGUAUGCGGACGUCCAACAUUUUGUGAAAGAAUGCGUGGAUUGUGCCAGUGGAAAAGGGGCGCCCCCGAAUGCUGAACCUUCGCCAGGAAACAUUGAACCACGGUAUCCCUUUGAAGCAGUUUCUAUGGAUUUCGUUACUCAUAUGCCCGAGUCGGCUAGAGGGAAUACGUUUCUCUUGUUGUUUCAGGACAUGUUUUCAGGUUACGUGAUGUGUAAGCCCAUGUCAUCCACUACCGCUCAAGAUGUCGCUGAGGCCUAUGAGGAGCAAGUGUUUCAGAGAUUCGGAGCGUCUUCCAUGAUACGGCACGAUCAGGAUCCGCGUUUCAUGAGUGAAGUGUUCACAAGGUUCCGAGAACUCUUAGGUAGCCGACAACGUGCUACACUCGGAUAUCGUCCGCAAGCGAAUGGGCAGCAGGAAAGAUCCGUGCAAACAGUCAUUCGGAGUGUUCGGGCAUAUGUUGCUGAGAUGGAUCAAUCCGACUAG